UCAAGAAAGAUGGUAAUUUAAGGUGUGUAUUUUCACGGGAUCACUGAACAGAAAGUCCGAUCACCCGCCAUGUCGAGUGUGGGCGUGGCAGUGUCGCAGUCCGACACAUGAGGUAUGGAUGGAACUAGCAGCCGUUAAAAUAUAGAACAGUUGUACAGCGCAGUAGGCAGUAGUUGACAGCAUGUUAUUAAUUUUACCAUUCAGGUGAUUAACGAACUCGAACCAAGAUGGCUGAAAGCAGUGUUGUUCCACUUCUUGAGAUACAAGACAAGUUCGUCACGUGUGAGAUUUGUUUUGAUUAUUUCGACGAUCAGGACAAAUCUCCACGUAUCUUACCGUGCUUGCACAACUUCUGCUGCCAAUGCCUGGAGUCGAUUUGGAAGAAAUCACCGACUGGAGUACGAUGUCCCAACUGUCGGAAGGUUUGGCGUGUUCAAAACAACAUAGCAGAAACAUUUCCACAAAACAAGGUACUGAGGAAUUUAGUUGAAUAUCUUACAAUAAAAAACAAGGUGGAUGAAAUCAUGUGCCAUGAAUGUCCUGACAGUUCAAGGGCAACAAUGCGUUGUUUGGACUGUCGGGAAUUCAUGUGCGAUGGAUGCGCAACGUAUCAUAAAAAAUUUGCAGUGUCAAAAGACCACAAGAUCAUCCUAAUUUUAGAUUUGGUUAAUAUGCCUCAUGAUGAUUUUUUUCACCAGACAGAUACGUGCAAAAAACACAACAACAUGAUUUUAGAUCUAUACUGCAAGAAUUGUGCAACUGAUAUCUGUUCAUCAUGUGUUCAUGUCUCUCAUAGAGACCAUGAGAUAUUGGAUCUCAAAGAUAUAUAUGAAGCAAAAAUGGACCACAUGAAAAGAACACUUAGAAAUGUACAAAGAUCAUCAAAAAGAGCACAGAAGUAUACAACAAGACUUUCUGGACAAAAUGCAACUCUAGAUUCGAUGAAAGAAAAUAUUCUAAAACAUAUUGAUGAUUCCUAUGAAGAAAUUAUUCAGAAGUUGUCUCACAAAAAAACCCAGAUGAAAGAAGAUGUCAUUUCAAAUAUAGACAAACAAAAAGCUGACAGAAACGAGCAGAUGAAGUUGAUUGAACAGUCAGAAGUCCUCAAGGCGGACCACGUUCUGCACUGUAAGCAAGCUGUGCAAUUCACACGAGCUGCUGACUUUAUAGAAAUGGCUCCAACCCUUGAAGACAAUCUUCUCUCUGUGAUGGAAGGUCCGGAACUGGUUGAUAUUCCUAUACAAGAGGUUACCAUUGAUGACACGUUCAAGCAGAUAGAGAAAAUUACUGAGAAAACUGGUGUAAUAUGGAAUGGAAUUAUUCUCAACAAAAACAACUCAGACGAGGAUGUGAUGAAAAGAAUUCUCUUCCCUGUUGAUGGACAGUCAGAACAGUACAGAACACUUCUCUUGCCAAAUAUAGAGUAUGAUGCACAGAAGAUAAACCGGAAGCGGUGUAAUAUUACCGAAUCUGGAAUUCUGGCCAACAAACCUUCAGAAGUAAAACAUACUGACCUCACUUCCGGUCUGCAAUGUUUCCAAGGAGUCACAGCCAGGACGCAUGUCCCUACGUCUGGAUGUGCGUUCUGGCAGACGGAAGUCGACUGCAUGGUGCGUGAAUCAGCUGAAUUACACUACCUGAUAGCAGAAGUUGGUGUUUGUCUGGACGAGCACUGUGACGAUACAACAGGGAUUUGUAAUAACAAACAUGCGUGGGGUGUUAUAGUGGCCAGCUGUAAAACUCACAACAGUAUCUGUUUAUUUCCUUAUUCCCGUGGAAAGCAUCUGUGCUGUACUCCUGUGACAGAUUUCAAAACUAACUCACGACUCAAGGUCACACUCGGGCUGUUGGUAGACGUCGACAACGCCACUCUCUACAUUAUCCGCAUUGACGACAACAGAGUUGUACACUCCAUCACAAACAUCGACGUGUCGCGACCGCUGAUGCCAAUGUUUUGUGGUUAUUUUCCUGAAUAUUUUGAUGUUAAAUUGAGAGUAUUAUCUGGCACGGAUCUCUCAGUGACCCGUGAAUUGUUGGUCCUGCUCUCGAGUUUAGUGAAAUAAAUCAUAAUGGGAGAGACAUGAGACCUGAGUCAAUACAAUACAAACCUGUGGAGCCCAGUGUCGACUCCCACACAGGGCGAGUUUAAUUGACCCAAUGGGGAGGUCUGAUUUCCAGCUAGCUAACCAGUAACAACUAACCACUCAACCCUGACUGGGACAGACAUCUAAGUUAGCUGAGGUGUAGACCCAGGGCGAGUAUUGGAGAAAAUGUAUCUUACGAAAUUAAUCUAACAAGCAUUUGAUACUUUUGGAAGCCAUAGUGUCACGGAGUUAACCAUGUUAUUGUCUUCCAAUCUCACGUUAAUGAAAUUGAAUUCAACAUUACAUGACCGGCCUUGGUGGCGUCGUUUUUAGCCAUCGGUCUACAGGCUGGUAGGUACUGGGUUCGGAUCCCAGUCGAGGCAUGGGUUUUUUAAUCCAGAUACCGACUCCAAAC